UCGCGAGACUCCGGUCUCCCUCCCCUGGCUCCCCGCGCUCCCAACCGCCAGCGCCUGCUGCCAGGCAGCGGCGGGGAUGGCGAGCAGCGGAGGCGAGGUGGUGACGAGAGCAGCGGGUCCGCCAUUGGACGAGGAGGCCUGAAGGACGGGCCAGCGGUGCACAAGAAGAGACCGAGGCGGGUGGCCCCGAGAGAGCCAGGGCCAUGGAGGCCAACAUGCCGAAGCGGAAAGAGCCCGGCAGGUCUCUCCGCAUCAAAGUCAUCUCCAUGGGCAACGCCGAAGUGGGGAAAAGCUGUAUUAUAAAGCGAUACUGUGAGAAAAGAUUCGUGUCUAAAUACUUGGCAACAAUUGGAAUUGACUAUGGAGUCACAAAGGUACACGUCAGAGACAGAGAAAUCAAAGUUAACAUCUUUGAUAUGGCUGGACAUCCCUUCUUCUAUGAGGUUCGAAAUGAGUUUUACAAGGACACACAGGGUGUGAUACUGGUCUAUGAUGUUGGGCAGAAAGACUCCUUUGAUGCCCUUGAUGCAUGGCUGGCAGAAAUGAAGCAAGAGCUUGGACCUCAUGGAAACAUGGAAAAUAUUAUAUUCGUAGUUUGUGCCAACAAGAUUGAUUGUACCAAACAUCGCUGUGUAGAUGAAAGUGAAGGACGUCUUUGGGCUGAAAGCAAAGGGUUCCUGUACUUUGAAACUUCAGCACAAACUGGAGAAGGCAUUAAUGAGAUGUUCCAGACCUUUUAUAUGUCCAUAGUUGAUUUAUGUGAAAAUGGCGGGAAACGCCCUACCACAAAUAGCAGUGCUAGUUUCACCAAAGAGCAAGCAGAUGCCAUUCGCAGAAUUCGAAAUAGUAAAGACAGUUGGGACAUGCUGGGAGUCAAACCUGGGGCCUCAAGGGAUGAAGUCAAUAAAGCGUAUCGGAAACUUGCUGUGCUCCUUCACCCUGACAAAUGUGUAGCACCUGGCAGUGAAGAUGCCUUCAAAGCAGUUGUGAAUGCUCGGACAGCCCUCCUGAAAAACAUCAAGUAGAAAGUAGAGAAAAAAGCCACAUGUGGGACUCAAAUGCAAGCAGACUUUCCUAGAGGUGAAAUAACCAACGUGGAGUUUUCCUUCCCAGAAUCUCACUGCUCUUUUCAUUCAUGUGUUGUCAUUUGUAUAUCAGUAAUUCAGGUGCCCAUUUCAUAGACAUUUUACUGAGAAAUGACCUGCAUUUGUAUGAAGUGAAGAGAACUGAGCGUCACUUACACCCUGUACUUCAUUUCCUAUUUCUAGAUGAUUCUGAAUUUUUUUCUCAUUCAUUUGUCAGCUCUGUAAUUAUAGGAUCCCUUAGACAUUUCACUUGGGGAAAUCCACGAGGUUCCUGGAGGGAGGGAAGAGAGGACAAGAGGACCCUUUCACUUUUUCUUUUUUACAGAAUUCAUCAUCAGAGAAGAAAAUGACAAAAAUGGAAGCAAACAAUAUCAGAACCCCUGUAAGUUUGGUGUGACCUUACAGACAAGUUGCUGCUUUUACAAUGAGUUCCUUAGGUGGUAUUUUAACCAUCGAUCUAUAAUGAUGACUCUUGGCAGCUCUUUGGGAGUUUGUAAAAUGAGGUGAUACAGUUCUGAAUUGAGCAUUCCUUUAUGAUAUUCACUCUGUUCCUCUUCUGCAGCCACCAGUGGGAGAGACAAGCCAGUCCUAAGAGAAAAGGUGGUGGCAGCCACAAAUUCUAGGUACACUGGCUGCUGCCUAUCCUGUCCCUGGAUCUGAGGCCUUUCCCUUGACAUAGAAAUGGUUGCUGGUAGCAGUAGAGAGCACUGUGCACCUGGGAAUGAGGAAUCAGGCCCCAAGACAGAAGUACUUGCAGGAGCCAGCUGCAGUAGUAUCCGCCUGUAGUCCCAGCUACUCAGGAGGCUGAGACAGGAGGAUUGCUUAAGCCCAGGAGCUCAAGUCCCACCUGGGCAACAUAGUAAGUAAGAUCUUGUCUCUUAAAGAAAAAAAAAAAGGUACUUAGAGGUCGCACUUGAAGAUUAUGCACAUCAGCAGAGGAAAAGGCCAGCCAAGCUCGGGGCAAGCUUGAUGCAGUAGGAGAGGCUCCUUAUGAGGCUUAGCCCUUGUCUUAUUGCCAGCCUUUGCCACAGGCAGGUGAGAAAGGCAGGGCCACUCCUCAGCAAAGUUGGCCUCUUGUGCACUUCCUCACCAGUGUUGUUUCUUCCUUUUUUCCCCUCUUCCCCUUCCCCUCUUGUGUUUUUUCUGAACCCCACAUCUCCCAUCAUUUCUCUCCUCUUGAGUCCCUGGCUUCUGGCCAGUGCCUCCUCCCUCUGCCUGAACCUGGUUGACCAGAGACAAGUGUGGAUCCUUUGGGUUGCAGUCAGGGGAGAUCUCAGGGCCUCUGUUGGGAGGAAUCUCUGUAAUUCCUGCUUGGGCUCCAAAUUUCUGAAGAGUAGUAUUUUUAAACUAUAGCUUACAAAAUACAUUCUCUGGCCACAGUCUCCUCCUUGAUAUACAAGGGAUGGAUGAAGUUCAUGUAUUAGGACUGGCACUCCUUACGGUGCUUAUAGAACCAGUCUCACCACUUGACUCAUUACGUCAUCAUUCUUGUUACAUCACUCAUACUUUUAGCUGCAACCACACUAAUUCACAUUUUUAUAUACUUUCAAUUAGCUGUACUAAUUGGGGCUUGAAAGUAUAUAAAAUCUUCCUAUCCUGUGAACUUUAAAAAGCUAUCCCAUAUCGAUUGCCAAAGAGCAUCUACCUUACCACCUAAGAAGAAAAGCCACUUUCUUCCAAUCCAAGCCCACUGCAGUCUUGUGGAUUUUCCACACAGCAGCUUUUCACUGUAUGCCUGUACUCGGGCUGCACUGAGCUUGUCUUCAGGAAACCAGAGCAUUGUUUUAUCAUAGCACUUUUCAUCUUGGUAAUAUCAAAACAACUUUUUAAAUGAACUGAUUGAUAUAUGUUAUUUCUUGUGAGGUUUUCCUCUGGCCUUUAACUGGCUUCUGAGGCUACAGAACUCCAACCCAGAGUUCUUCGGGACCUAAAUUUUGCUUAAGGAAGGCCUUUAUCAUGCUGAAAGCACUCAGACAUGUCUGCCCUCACAGCAGAAUGUAGAAGUCAUAUGAAUGAGGGAUCGUGCAUGGUAGCAUCAGCCCAAAUUGAUACGACAACUCACUGAAUGUGUGGCCCUCUAUGAAAGCUGGUGCCAGUUUUCAUCACUGUUAUUAAAUACCAGAUUGGGAACCUCAUUCAGCCGUAUUGCACAGAUGAGCAAUUAUAGCAGAGAAAAUUCAUUAGUCCUUCCACUCAUAUCCUUAUGUGUGGGUUGGUGAAAUUUAGCCUGAGCUUGAUUCUUAGGUCUUGAGGCUUAGUUUCCAACACCUUCAUUAUUAAUGUUAAGAAUGGCCAUAUACCACUUCAUUUACAUAAAAGGAAUAAAAUAAGCAAGUUAAGCUUCAGGGUCCUAGAAUUUUUCUGAUUUCUAUAAUCCUUCAGCAGAAUAUUAAGAAAUAAAGCAUGAUCUGCAAUGGAAAGGUUUUUUUGGCACUAACUUCAUGCAAAAUUUCACAGACAUCUAUGCAUUAAUUUAAAUUCUUGGUGCAAAUGUGUGCUUUGUAGUUCAACCUUAUUAAAAAUUCUUCAGCCAGUUAGGAUUUCAAAAUACAUUAGUGAGAGUAACAGCUAGCAGAAUAAUUACAAUGGCUAAAACGUUUUUAUAGAAAAUCUUGUUUUUCAAAAAAGAAUAAAAAGUUUGAAUAGCUAUUAUUAAAGAAAAGCCAUGUCUUCAACAUCUGAGUCACCAAGAAGUAACACUUUUUAAACUUGUUAGAAAUCCCUGGAGGCAUUUCAAAUUCAUCUUCUAACCUACCUAAGCACUUUAAAAUACAGCCUCCUUCUGUUCCUCUGUUCCCCUUCAUGCCUCCUUUUGAAUUGAUAUCUCAGCUGUCAAUAUUUCUUUGACUUCAGCAUUGUCAUUUUAUUCUCUAUAUCAAUGUGUCCUUAGUUUUCUUAGCCUGUUAAUUUAAAAAUCCAGACUUGGGGGUCAUUGUGUUGCUACCCAAGAGAAAAUGCUACAAUUUUAUAGAUUGCACAUCAUUCUUUAAGGCAUACAUUUACCUCAGGAAACUUACUCUAGUAUGUUCUCAUGUAUUGAAUUCUCAACGAAGUAACUACUUCUUUAUACCUAUAAGCUAGUACCUAAUUCACUGUUAGUUAAACGAGCCAUAGAUAAGGCAGCUAAAUUUCUGAAAGAUAGCCAGAGUAAGUAAGCAGCCACUGCAAGCUCUGAAUCAGUUUAAAAAAAAAAAAAAAGGAGCUGCACCCCGUUGAACAAUGACAACAUCACAAGGAGAAGGGAGGGAUUUUGCCAAAAGUUAGAAAGGUGGAGCUGUAAGCCAUGUGCAUGUUGCCUUUGACAGUGACAGUGCCCCUCUUACAACUAAUUCCACUAGGCAUGGGAAUGUCACCUCCUUUGCCACUGUACCCCAUCAAGCUUACUCUGAAUCAAAGGUUUUGUAAAACUUUUGAAAAUGAACUUAGCUGCAAAAUAUAGCUAACCACUUUCCAUUGCAAGCUUUGCAAAGCGAAGAGAGGUUCGUACUUCUCAUAAUUGAUAUUUAGCACAAUUGUAAGACACAGUUUUACUGUUUGUACAUCGUUUUUUUCCAUUAAACUUUUCUAGAGAAGACAAAAGCUUACACUUUUGACAUGGAUAAGUGAGAUGGUGUCUAACAAGCAGUGCAAUAUUAGGCGGUGCAAUAGAGGCCCUGUUGGCGAGAUGAGUUUUGCUGGAGAGCUGGACAGUGUUGGUUAGCUUCCUGCAUUGAUUGCCCCUGGGCGUUCUUCCCCCUUAACUGUGAAAGCAGAGUCUAUAAAUGAACGCUUUGCUCUUACAAGGUAAUUUACAUAUUUUCUUUCUGUUGAAAUAACUGAAAAUGUUAAAUCUACCAGUUGUUUGUCUUGUAAACAGAGUGUCAUAUGUAUUUAAGUUGUGUAUUUUUAUAAAGUAAAGCCAAAUAUCAAA